UUGGUAAAGACGAAGAGGAAGCAACAUCACCGUCGUUUGUCUUUAAAACCUUUUGCGAUUACCAUCAUCGCACGUUGAAUAUACGUCGACUUUAACAUCUUCCAAUCUCUGAAAGCCCUCCUCCUCUCUUCGAGCUUCAUCAUCAUCGUCUCGUCGUCGGAUCUUACCUCUCAUGGAAGGAAACUUCUUUAUCAGGUCUGAUGCUCAACGAGCACAUGACAAUGGCUUCAUAGUUAAACAAAAACCUAAUCUAAUCACGGCUCCAACGGGAGGUCAAGCUAAUGAAAGUGGCUGUUUUGAUUGCAACAUCUGUCUAGACACAGCCCAUGAUCCGGUUGUCACUCUCUGUGGACACCUUUUCUGCUGGCCUUGCAUUUACAAGUGGUUACAUGUUCAGUUAUCUUCUGUCUCCAUUGAUCAGCACCACAACAAUUGCCCUGUCUGUAAAUCCAACAUUACUAUCACCUCUUUGGUUCCUCUCUAUGGAAGAGGCAUGUCUUCGCCUUCUUCCACGUUUGGCUCCAAGAAACAAGACGCACAGUCCACGGACAUACCCCGCAGACCCGCUCCAUCAACCUUAAACAGUCCAAUCACCUCAGCAUCAUCUCUGAACCCAAGCUUGCAACAUCAAACUCUGUCUCCAUCAUUUCAUAAUCACCAGUAUUCCCCUCGUGGCUUCACCACAACCGAAUCAACCGACCUUGCCAAUGCUGUCAUGAUGAGUUUCCUCUACCCGGUGAUUGGAAUGUUUGGGGACAUGGUCUACACUAGGAUAUUCGGGACCUUCACAAACACAAUAGCUCAGCCUUACCAAAGCCAGAGGAUGAUGCAACGCGAGAAGUCUCUUAACCGGGUAUCCAUAUUCUUCCUUUGUUGCAUCAUCCUUUGCCUCCUUCUCUUCUAGCUCCCUCUCUUCUUGUAUAGUUUGUGAUGUAAAUAGGCUGUAAAACUCGAAGUCACUGUGGUAUAACCACUACUGCAGACACCAUUGUUCCGAGUUAGGUCUCAAAUUGCAGGCCAAUAUCUUGUUGUGUAUUACAUAGAUAUCGAUAAAUGUGCUUGUAUGAUUGUUUCUAAUCUUCAUGAACCAUGUCUAUGUUGGAGAGCGUAUGAACACUUUAUCAUCUAUUUUA